UUCCAUAUGGCGUAGACAAAUGUCACGCGGCGGCCUCGACCAAAAGCGACACGGUAACAAACACUUGUCGCUCCUCCAGAGAGUGCAUAUGCAGCAGCUGCCGACGUCGAAGUCUCGCUGCGCACGGUAGUGUGUUCGUCCGCACGUUUUCGUAGUGACGGCGCUCCGACACGUUGGUCAAGCGGCGGCCGUGGUGUGCAUCCUUCUCGCGUUCUCUUCGCACAGGAGGGCCUUGAGCUGAGCGAUUUCUUGGCAGCCGGUCUGUCUCCUGCACUUGUUCUCGGUAGCAACCCAAUUCCUGUGCACGCCUAGGACACCUCGCAACAGCAGCGUUACUAACAAUGCCCGUCAAGAUGUGCCGCAGAGUAACGUGCCGAUGCCCUCGCUCUCGCGAUGGGCUCUGUUUCCCCGACCGGCCAUGCGCCGUCGCAUAGCCCGAAAGGACUGAGGCACAGGAUGGUGCCCCGGCUAACAGGCGACAAAGUGGCGAAGGAAAGCCAGCCACUGGAUGACCUGGCCUCGUCGUCUUCGGCCCGCCGCAGCGACGUCGAGUCCGGCGGGGAGGGGGACUGGACGGCCGACGAGGAGGUGAUGGUUGUGGACAAGGAGCCGCUACUGUCCCGGCGGCUAAGCAAGGACGGUGCCAAGAAUGACAGGGCCGGCACUGUUGUGGACGACACCCCCGAGUCCCUCUGGUCAGUGGCCGUACAGGUGUUCGUGCCAUUCCUCAUCGCCGGCUUCGGCACGGUCGGUGCGGGACUGGUACUGGACGUCAUACAGCACUGGAAGGUGUUCCAGAAAGUGUCCGAGCUGUUCAUCCUUGUGCCGGCGCUUCUGGGGCUCAAGGGAAAUCUGGAGAUGACACUAGCCUCGCGUCUCUCAACACAGGCUAACUUGGGAAAGAUGGACACCUCGACUGAGCAGUGGAGGAUGGCCACGGGGAACCUUGCGUUGCUUCAGUGCCAGGCAACAGUGGUGGGCUUUCUUGCCUCACUGUUUGCCAUGGUGAUGGGCUGGAUACCCGAGGGAGUGUUCAACUGGCGGCACGCGCUGCUGCUGUGCGCCAGCAGCCUGCUGACGGCCAGCGUGGCCAGCCUGGCACUGGGCCUGGUCAUGAUCGGCGUGGUGAUCGGUUCGCGCAAGUGCCACGUGAACCCGGACAAUGUGGCCACGCCCAUCGCAGCCUCCCUCGGUGACCUCACCACCCUGGCACUGCUUGCCUUGGUUGCCAGCUUCCUCUACUCCUGCCUCGAGGUGCACCAGACGUGGUUGGUGGUUGUGGUGUUGGUGGCGGUGGCAUUGCUGCUUCCCCUGUGGGGCAUGCUGGCGUGUGCCAACCCUCACACCCAGGAGGUGCUCUACACCGGGUGGACGCCUGUCAUCUCUGCAAUGGUCAUCUCCAGUGUGGGAGGAUGCAUUCUGGACUUUGCUGUCUCCCGCUUCCAUGGCAUUGCUGUCUUCCAGCCUGUCAUAAACGGCGUGGGCGGCAACCUUGUGGCAGUGCAGGCCAGCCGCAUAUCCACCUUUCUGCACCAGAGGGCGACGCUGGGGUUCCUGCCUGCCUCGGACCCGUCCGUCUGCCUGAACCCCUUCUCGGCCUUCUUUGGCAAAAGUGUGCACGCACGCACUGCUCGUGUGCUGCUGCUGAUGGUGGUUCCGGGACAUCUGGUGUUCACGUACGGCAUCCGGCUGCUCAAGGCUGGCCACACGUCGGUCACUCCCAUCUUCCUCAUGGUCUACCUCACCGCUGCCGUGCUGCAGGUGCUGCUUCUGCUCUACGUGGCCCACGUGAUGGUGCACUGGAUGUGGAGCCGGGCGGUGGAUCCCGACAACUCGGCCAUCCCCUACCUGACCGCCCUGGGCGACCUGGCGGGCACGGCCCUGCUGGCACUGUCCUUCCUCCUGCUGGACGCCAUCGGAGACGGAGAUGCGUUACCUUAGCUACUAACAUGAUCUUUAAGACGAACUCAGACAUGUGCUUGGAGUGGAGGAGUGCGCAUUUGUGAAAACAUUUUACCACGUGGUCUUUUGAUGCAUCUCUUUUUAACUGCAUUCUGCCAUAACAAUGUGCUUUCUUAUACUAUGAACAUUUCAAAGGCUGUGUUUGGUCAUCAGCUGUAACACUGCGGUGCUGAAGUGUUGGUACUUGAGGACAAUUUAUUUGCCGUUUUAUUCUGACAUUGUUGAUUCUUUAUCGGCAUACAAAUGUGUUUAAACUAACUUAUUGUAGCUUGUGCUGCGGCGAUUGUAUGCACCUGUUGAUAUUUUGUGCACUACUUCUGUAUCUAUGUAUGCACCUUACCUGUUUGUUCAAGAACUUUUGGUCGUGUGAAUCGUCGGAAAGCGAGCAACGGCUGCAUCACGUUGUCAAACUAUGAAACAAUGGGUUCUGCGUGCAAUUUGUUUAUUUGUGUCAGUCUGUCAUUUUGAACGUGAUAACCUCUGAUUUGUUUUAACCCAGUUUUUAAAAAAAUUUGUUGCAUGGCAUUAGUUCACCUAUUGAGGCUUUGUGUUUGGGACGAGUGACCCUGACUCGAGGGGCUUGCUGUUUUUGUGUAGAUUUAUUCCGAGUGGAAACUUUUCAAACUCUAGACUGGGGUUUGCAGUUGUAUGCGUUCGGCUUCUGAUCUGUUUGCUGUGCUGUAGUGUUUCAGUGGCGUCUUCUGUGCCUUCGGUAGACCACCACCCACUUUGAACCGUCAAGAAUAUGCACUGCAGCCGCAUUUUAACAGUGCGAAUAUGUGUUGCCUGUAUGUAUAGAAAUAUGUACAGAAAAGCAAAUUACGGUAAUUCAGUUAGCGUACAGCAAUGAUGGCCAUGCAGGACGUGCUAAAAGCAAAUUAAACGGAAUGAAGCCCCUCAAAGUUGGUAAUUAAAGUGAAAAGACAGCAAAACUUGCGAGGUCAAGGUGUGGCCUUAUAUGUACAGGUGUAUUAACCUCUUGAUGUCUUCUGUUCAGUUUUAAAUGUGAAGGUUACAGUGCAGUCAGUGGGACCUUCCCUCUUUUGCCUUCACCCUUCGAAAACCAAAAUCAUAAAUUUUAUUACUAUUACUGCUACUACUACUACUGUGUUCUAUCCGCAAAUGAGAACUAUAACUCUGCUUCUUUCAAUGGGCACAAGUGUAACUACUUCAGAUGCGUGCUGUUUCUUUGCUGGGAAGAGAAAUGCUCCACUGACAAUUAUGCACCAUUACAUUAUACACCUCACAGUGAUUUUCGAAGUCUGCCAUACCGGAUGUCCCACAUAGUGCUUGUCAGAGCUUCCAAGUGAAAGUGUGAUACUGCGUGCACGAAAUCUCAUUCCUGACAAAGGUGGUUUAGUAGAGAAAGCACAGAAUGGGCUGCGGAGCACGCGCUUGCAUGUUGCCAGCGGUUUUAAGCUCUGUACCCGAGCUUACACUAGCAAAUGGUUCAUCGAUUGUCAUUGAAGCAAGAGCGUUGUGUUCGAAUGUCUGUCAGCAUGUCAAAUUAUGGUCAAGAGUCUUGUUCUAUUAGCUGCAGAGGUGUGCGCAAGUUUCUUAUCAGAGCAAGCAGUGUCUAUUGGUUUCAAUUCAUGUUGCUAUCAUGGCACUGUGGUUGAACUAGAGUAAAAAAAAAAUUCAAUUGUCAAAAAAAAAGCUUGGCUGCUUGUAGAGCGAAGUAAAGCUGCAGUGCUUUCCAAAGACCUAUUGUUUAUGCCCAAUGGUACACCCAGGAAAAAUGCCACAUUUUUCUGUGCUCUGUGGUGUUCUAGAUUAGUUCUUUAACUUGUUGAGUUUACAGAUAGGUGGGCUUCUGAAGCUAGACAGACACCCAACAUCUGCAAGCUUGUCUUGAGGUCUGGCUUCCCAAAAUAUGGGCCAUAAAGAUGUCUUUUCUUUAGUCUCUGGUUUUGCAAAAUCCACGUGAAACAAAUGGCCUGCACUUCUCUCCAGUCUAUUUAGCGGGUAAAAGCAGUGGUACCGCCUUGUGGUAGCAAAUCAUUCUGAACCAGAAGUACCAAAAUACAGUGGCAAGGCCUAGUGGCACUUCCAUGUACUCUGUAUAUGUAUACAGUACCACAGUUGCCAGAUACUGCUGAGCUAACCAGCAAAUAAUCAUCCCAAAUGAAACCCGAACAAAACAGUGCAACUUCUGCAAAGAAGUCCGAAAGAAGCAGGAGUUCAAUCAAUUUUCUCAUUCUUGCAGAUAUGUUUUAAUUAUAAUAAAAAUGCCACUCAAAUACAAAUUGAAGGUAAAAAGGUAAAUUAUUUUGUACAGUGUAAACAUGCGCAACUGUGAACGAAAGUACAUAUUCGCCUUCUUAGUCUCCAGGGUAGUCUCCACUCUGCUCAUUGUAUGUUUGCCUGUGCAUAAGUAGCAUUACUUGUUGACUCCCCCAACGUAUGUUUGAUUUCAACACUCAACUACACAAAUUCAUCGACAAACGUGCUGUUAGCGAAUGUGAUGAGCAGUGAAAUAAUUAUAUUUGCAGGAAAGACGCAAAUAAGCCCCCAAAAACACGACAAGCACUGGAAAAUUCUACAAGCAACUUGGAGCCCAUAUGCGCUUACUAUUAGUGGAACUGGCAACUCUGGACAGUAGUCUUGCCAAAUUUGCAUGAAUUCCGAGUCAAUCAAUGUGCAUAUCAUUAUGCAAGAUUACUGGAGAGCUGGACAUUCUUAUUUCACUGUGAAAGCAGGCCAUUGCAGUAUAGUACAGUGACAGAUGAUGUUUCCGAGCUUGCUGGCACAGAAAGCUGUCUGUCGUGUGUGGUUCAAGCAAUUGUUUGAUGACUAUCUUCUCCAGAUAGGUUGCUUCUCGCUCGAGAGUGCAGAGUGCUGGCAUUCAUGGACUGUGAACACUUAUUUCAAGAUAGUAGGGUAAUGGAUACCUAUUUUUGUAUGCUUUCACAGCUUGUGUCUUAGCCAAGCCAUAUUCUUAGCCGUAUAGUACUACUGUGGGCAUUGUCUAGUUCUGGGAUUGGCUGUGUCCGAGGCUUCCCAAGUGUUCGGGGAGCCAAUGCAUUAGCCGACAUUGUAGUUUUCUUGUAUGUACUUGUGUCAAGCAGCAAGGCCUUUGACGAACAAGCGCUUUGGCAAAGUAGUGACCUGAUGCCGUUUUUUUUUCCCCUUUUUUUUUGUUGAGCCAGUGACAUGCAAUGCCCUUUAAAAUAACCCUCUCAAUCUGGUAUGAUAAACUAUUGCUUCAAAUUACUUUUUUUGGGGGGGGGGGUUUACGUUUUGCGAGUAAAACAGUCGAGCUUUAGUGUGAAAGUAUUACACAGCACCACUUAAAGCCUCUCAAGCAUAUUGUCAAUUUGCUAAGCCUUGGUUUUGCGUUUGCAGUACUGGAAAACCCUUUUAUUACAAGAGGAGUAUUUGUCUUCAUCUUAAUCAGCCCCAGAGCUUUGUGGUGUGGAAGUCAAAUUAGUAGCAUUGAUUUGGAGGAACAUAAGUGCAUCCAUCUUUAAACACCUUUUUGUCUUCAUCGCUAAAUAAAAUGAAACAUGCACGUUGCCAUGACUGAAGCUGACAGCAGCGCGAGCUAGGAUUGGCAGCCUUGUUUCAUGCAUUGAAAGGUCGACAGUGAAUAAACACUUUUCGUAAUGUG